GAAUUCAGUUCCUCCCCUCAAUGUUUCAAGUUUCAACUAGGCCCUCGCCCUCGACACUCCUUUUCUAAAACGCUGCUCCCUCGAAGCACUAUAGCCAACAAUGGAGGUCGCAACCGCCGCCGCAUCAAGCUUCGCCGUCCACGCGCACAUGCUAUCACCACCAACUACCGGUCGAUUUGCAAACCCCAACAGAUCCUUAACGUCUUCUCCGUCGACUUCCCUCCGGGCUUCUCUCUCCACCAACUUCCUCUCUCCCUCUCGCGCCGUUGGAAGCGUCGCUGGAGAUUUCUCUGGAUUCAAGCUACGGCCCGACUCUCUCAACCCAGCUUAUCUCUCCCGCUCCAAGCCCAAACGUGGAAUCGUCACAAUGGUUAUUCCCUUUUCAAGGGGAAGUGCAUGGGAGCAACCUCCACCGGACUUGGCAUCAUAUUUAUACAAGAAUCGGAUAGUUUACUUGGGAAUGUCGCUUGUUCCUUCUGUCACAGAGUUGAUACUGGCUGAGUUUCUUUACCUUCAGUAUGAAGAUGAGCAGAAGCCUAUUUAUUUGUACAUAAAUUCCACUGGAACAACCAAGGGUGGUGAGAAGCUGGGUUACGAGACUGAGGCUUUAGCAAUAUAUGAUGUUAUGGGGUAUGUGAAACCUCCUAUUUUUACUCUUUGUGUCGGUAAUGCUUGGGGAGAAGCUGCAUUACUUUUAGCUGCUGGUGCAACAGGGAAUCGUUCUGCUCUUCCUUCAUCUACAAUAAUGAUAAGACAGCCAAUUGCUAGAUUUCAAGGUCAAGCAACAGAUGUUGACCUUGCAAGAAAAGAAGUUAAGAAUGUGAAAACAGAGUUGGUUAAACUCUAUGCAAAACACAUGGGAAAAUCAACUGAGCAGAUUGAGGAAGAUAUAAGGCGUCCAAAAUAUUUUAGCCCCAGUGAAGCAGUUGAAUAUGGCAUCAUAGAUAAGGUAUUAUACAAUGAAAGGGGUACCGAAGAUCGUGGUGUUGUUUCUGACCUUAAAAAGGCACAACUUAUCUGACCAGGAAUUUGAUCAGAAGUAUAGGCUGCAUUUAAAGGGUGACAAGAGAAGCUGAGAACUGUAUGUGCUUUGUCGAGGAGCAAUAGCAAGAAAAGCCAUGGGAAUGAGUCAUGGUCAUCAUGGAUAUGUUGUCACAUCCUUCUGUAGCAUAAAUUAAAUUCAAGCUUGCUGCAUUUGAUUCUUAUUUUUUAAGAUUAUGAGGUGUAAUCUUAGAUUUUUUAGUAAAAUUAUAAUGUUUGAUUCAUCAAUAUUAUGGGCAAUUCGUAU